AUGACCAGGCCAACGCAGUCGGUGCUGCUGCCGCCGUUCAUGAAUUCCGUUAUGGAAAGUCUCGCUUUUGGACUCGAAGGCUUGGUCCAUAUCCAACACCCUACAAACCAACGAGCUGAGAUCACUGCCAUUAUUCUAGCUCUCGAGACAGCACUGACAAGAUACGAGAAACUCGACUGGAGCCCAAGGCUAGACGUUAAGAUCUAUUCGGACUCGAAAUAUGCGGUCAACUGCAUGACGAUUUGGGUUGACAAGUGGUUUGAAAACGGCUGGAUAAAUUCUGCAGGAUACGACGUGGUCAACCAGGAUCUGAUCAAGAAGGCCGUGGACCUUGAAGGCCGGCUCUUGAAUCUAGGAAAAGUUACAUACUUCUGGAUUCCACGAUCGGAUAAUGUUAACGCUGACAGGUGCUGCAAUGAGGAAUUGGACAAGAUGGAAUCACUGAUACACUGGAUAUCACCGCCGAGAGGCAACUCCAGAGCAAGAAGCAUGGGCAACCACGACGAAGCAAAAGCCGUCGAGGCAGCGCCAGACGGUUCCAUCCCUCCACCGCCAUAUACACCGAACCAGAGACAUGAUAAAUCAUUGAGGUGCCCUGUGCCCAUGAGCCAGCUCUCAUCACUAUACCGCCCGUUCCCAGCGACUCUAACCGCAUACUAUCAAUGGAAGGUCACCCGCGUGUACCAUCUCGGCACCAGCGACAAUCACAAACUCUUCGCCGUCUCCGUAUAUGCGGGCAUAUCCGACAAAGGGCCCGACAGGCCUUGUACCGUUCUACACAACGGACCAAGCGAGAAAGACCACACGCUGGCUGUCGCCGGCGAACCGGCGGUCUGGGAUAUGAAGUCGGCCUUGAGCUCGAUCUCCCUUCCACCACUGACCAGCACGGAACCCGAUCAAACUACUUCACCCACCGCCACAGAGGCAGCGGUGACUCCCGUGCAUGAAACGAUGGUUCCCGGUGUUCUGGACGAUGGGAAAACGGUUAUAUUUCGCUUCGCCGUCGAGGUCGGGCACCCUAAAACGGGCGGAUACCGACGUGAGACUUUUGAAUGGCGGAUGUUGAAGGAGCAUGAGCUGCACGACGUGAAGCACGGGUUUAAACUGGUGCGUUCCCACGCAGGUGCCGAAGCAGCGCCGCUCGGGGUUCUGGGGGACGACGACGGCGAGAUCGAGGUUGUGGCGGUGGCAGGAUGGAAGCGGAUGUUGGCUUUGAGCAAACCUUUCAACCUGCAGUUCAUGGGGAGCGGGCAGACAGGCGAGCUGGGAGAUCGAUUUGCUGUCAUGGUGGUGAUUACGAGUUUGCGGCUGUGGUAUCUUGAUGUGCAGAGCAGGACAACUCCCAGCAUUGCUGGCGCAUGA